AAGGCAAAGAAGUGUUGCAUAGGAAGAGAGAGAAAGAUAGAAAAACUGUUGUCUUUAUUCUUACCAUCUGAGGAAUCAAAGAAUCUUUUUGAAGGAAAGAAAAACAAGUUUAGAAGAAGAAAGCAAAAAAAAAUUUACUGUUUGUUGGGUUUUUUUUGUUUUUUUUUUUGCUUCUGGUUUAGAUUUCUUCUUCAGUUUGCAUGAGAGAGAGGUUUGAAUGGCACAGCAUGAUUUUGAUAUUGUAAUUUAAGUUGCUGGUGUGGAUGUUGAUUUCAUUGGAGUUAUGUAGCUUUUGAAGAAUACCUUCUGGAUAGUGAAUUUGGGGGCAAAUUGGACAUGAGAAGGCUUGUGGGGACAUGCUUGAGCCAAGGGAAGCUGAUAUACCUGCAUUGUUUCUGGUCUUGGUGGUGCUUCCUCUGGUUGCUUACUUUUUACUUGGGAAAUGGAGUGAGACUUCAAAGAAACGAGAGAGGAUAAGUAUACUUGCUCAGCUUGCUGCUGAAGAAGCUCUUAGAGCAGAAACAAUGGCUGCUGCCAGUGUUAUUCCUCUUGUUGCUUCUUCAAAGAAUGGACUGCAUGUGUGUGCCAGGUGCUUUGGUCCAGCAACAACUCGCUGCUCCAGAUGCAAGGCUGUCAGAUAUUGUUCUGGGAGGUGUCAGAUUAUUCAUUGGAGGCAAGUUCAUAAGCAAGAAUGCCUGCAGUUGGAGAGUGCAAGCACUUGCUCAUCUCCUAGUGUUGCCUCAAUUGAAGAAUCUGCUCUACUCAGUGACAACAUGAAUUCACAGUUCUUUGGGUACAUUAAUAAGCAGGUUGUCACGGAAAAAGCACCUUUUGACAGUAUAAGUCAUUGUCAAACCGCUGGUGUAUUUGCUAAUGGGGAUUGUUCUACAGUUGAUAACUCUCACGUCUGUGCACCAGAGAGAAGAAGUACAGACAAGAGAAUUUCUCGUAAAUCCAACAGAGAAAUGCUAAGAAGAGAGGAUGUAGCUUUAUUUGAUUCUUGUGAGGAAAUCUCAAGGAAUCGAGCUACUAGUUCAACAACCAAUAAUAUUUCUUCAAAAGAGGCUUUUAUAAGGCAAAAGUCAAGAACUAGUGGCUUUGUUGCAUCAGAAGAAGGCAUCUCAAAACAGCAUAAUGCUGAUGGUUCUAACAUGCAUAUUCAUGGACAAAAUGCAAGAACUGCCAUGCAUGAGAGUCAUAAAAAUCAAAGUCAACAUGGCAACAUGUCUGAACCAAAAAGCAACUAUGAAAUUUCUGGCCCACCAUAUUCUGCAAAAGGUGGGACAAGUGCUCAUGAAGCUGAAAAUGCCUUUGUUCUGAGUGCAGAGAAUUUAGUCAAUGGGGAAUUUUCUUUUAGUGAUGAACCAGUAGAGUUAGACUGUUCUGGGAUGACAGCACUAAAGGAAUGCACAAAAGCCAGAAGUUCAUUGCAUUCCCUAGGACCCAAAGUCUCUAAAUCACCAAAAUUAGCAGUGAAAGUAUCUGGGGAACAAUUAUGCCCUGAAAUGGAGAGGAAGGGACAAAUUACUGAUGAAUUAAAAGUUUCUGGAAUGACAGGUGCCAUACUGACACCAGGAAUUGAUGGGCCUGCUAGCAUGGGAAUUAAGGAGAUGAUGCGUUUAAGGAAGUCAUCAAGACUUUCCAGGCAGGAUUUUUCUGCACUUUGUGGUGAAAGACGUAAGAAAAUAAAGAUGCUGUUUCCUUAUGAAGAAUUUGUAAAUUUCUUCCAGUGUGAAUUCUUUGACUUAUCUCCAAGGGGCCUUCUAAAUUGUGGGAACAGUUGCUAUGCCAAUGCUGUUCUGCAGUGUUUAACCUGCACAAAGCCUCUCAGCAUCUACCUGCUGCGAAGAUCACAUUCAAGAGCCUGUUAUGGGAAAGAUUGGUGUCUUAUGUGUGAGCUUGAGCAACAUGUAAUGUUGUUAAGAGAGAGCGGAGGUCCCUUGUCACCUAGUAGUAUCCUUACACACAUCCGAAGUAUUAAUUGCCAGAUGGGUGAUGGAAGUCAGGAAGAUGCACAUGAAUUCUUGAGGCUCCUGGUUGCUUCAAUGCAAUCGAUAUGCUUGGAGAGAUUAGGUGGGGAACACAAGGUUGAUCCCAGGUUGCAAGAGACAACAUUUAUACAACAUACUUUUGGAGGGCAUCUUAGGUCGAAGGUCAAGUGUCUUAGAUGUUCUCACGAAUCAGAAAGAUUUGAAAACAUUAUGGAUCUCACAUUAGAGAUAUUUGGUUGGGUUGAGUCAUUGGAAGAUGCACUAACUCAGUUUACAACACCUGAAGAUUUGGAUGGAGAAAACAUGUAUAGAUGUGGAAGGUGUGCUAGUUAUGUUCGGGCUAGGAAGCAGUUGUGCAUACAUGAGGCUCCAAACAUCCUGACAAUUGUCUUAAAGAGGUUUCAGGAGGGAAAAUAUGGGAAAAUAAACAAAUGCAUCACUUUCCCUGAGAUGCUGGAUAUGGUUCCGUAUAUGACUGGAACGGGUGACAUCCCUCCACUUUACAUGCUCUAUGCUGUUGUGGUGCAUUUGGAUACGCUGAAUGCAUCUUUUUCUGGACAUUAUGUGUCAUAUGUAAAAGAUUUGCAAGGCAACUGGUUCAGGAUAGAUGAUACUGAGGUCCAUCCGGUGUCAAUGAGUCAAGUGAUGUCUGAGGGGGCAUACAUCUUAUUUUACAUGAGGUCUUGCCCUCGCCCUCAAAGAGCAUUCACUGAAAAGAGCCGGCAGAAGCAAGCUCCAGCCUCCACUAGGCACCCCACCUCAAAAUCUGAGAAGCUGUCACGACCAGAACAAAGUAAAUCCAGUAGCCAUUCCGUUGGCCCCAAGCAUUUUUCAGAUUUCAGGCCUGAAAUUACUACAGGCUGUAACAACUCAAAUGGCAUUCUUAGGCAGAGUGCAAAUAGUAACAUUCACCCUGUGAUGGAGAUGUAUGCUGAACCUAUCAGUAUGGAGUUCUCUGAUGCUACAUCAAGUGAUUGGUCCCUUUUCACUAGCUCAGAUGAGGCUUCUUUUACAACGGAGAGUACUAGAGACUCUUUCAGUACCGUGGACUAUGCUGAUGCAAGCAGUGGAGAUCCAUUCUCAAUCUUCAACAACUUGUAUACUCCAGAAUCCUCCUCUUGCAACACGGUUUCGUGUAGAAUGUUUUCAACUAGUAGACCCCAGACUGGGUAUGUAUUAGAGGAGAAGGGUUAUGUUUUGGAUUCAUACUCAUCAGCCCAACCUGUGAUUAGAGUUCAAGAGAACUUGAAACAGGUCGGUAAUUCUUUGACCAAAAUUUCUUUGGAUAGUGACAAUGGCAUGUUUGUAAAAUAUGGGAGUAACCCAAAAAAUACUCUUGAUAGAACUUAUGGUCAUUGUGAACUAUAG